UGCUCUCAUCUGCAUUUACAUCAAUUUACCCAAUUCACCUUUUGUGGUGAACUACCCAAUGCAGCCAAAUGGACCACGUGAUCUGCACACGCGCAUCGCGUCUGUUCGCGCUAAGUAUGCAGAUCGGCCCGCGACACCGCCGCGGAUAAAGGAUUUUGUCUGGGGGAGCCAAAGUAUCACUACCUGAGUAGACUUUUUCCUCUUCACCCUGCCGUAUCUUUAUCUUUUUUUUUAUUUGAUACUUAAUGGCUUAGCACGCUUCUGAAUAUUUCACGAGAAGGCAAACAAACCAUGGAGGAAUCCGUGCCGGAUACCCCUAACUAUAGGGCUGGCGCCGAUGCUGAUGCUGAGGAGGCAGAAACUGUCGCCACGGUCCUGCUUCAUCCCAAGACUCAGCAAACUCCGCUUUCUCAACGCUUUACGCAAAUGACGCAGCCCACCCAGAUCAUUGACCGAACGCCCAAUGAGCCGAGCUCCAUCGUGCAAGUUGCCGCAUCCUCGCCCUUUGGUCCCUCGUCGUCUCCCUCGCGGCCUGGUGGGGGUAUUCUCUCAACUUUGAUGGCCCCGAGUGGCACGCAAUUUCGUCCGCCUGCGCAAGCCCAGAAACGGGUGCCCGCGUUGAGCGACGACGAUCGUCCGAACUAUGCUGGAGGGUCGUCUGAUGAGGAUGAGUUGAGUCUGCUAGCGGAUAUUAAGCCGCGAACCUUCACCAAACAUAUAGCCAGAAGCCCCGAGAAAGUCAUGGAGUCGCCAGUCAAAGAUGCAGGGCCUAACAGGACAUUUAAGGACUUGACUGCGGCAUUCGCGUAUCAGCCUAGCAACAAACGAUCCAUUGAUCAGCUCGACGGAGCUUCUGACUCUGGCGCCUUCAAGAGGCACAAACAGACGACAAUUUCGCGAGCCAUGCCUGUGGCGGAUGACGAUGCUACUGAUUAUGGCAUCAAAACUCUAGACGAUAUUGAGGACUUUCGGAUGAAGACUCAGGUCACAAGACUCAAAAAUAUAUUUCCUAGGUUAUCUGUGGAGGCAAUUGUUCAAUGUUAUAUGAGGCAUCGUGCAAACUUUGACCAAACUUCAGAGUAUCUCGCCACACAGGAGGAUUCAGCUCGACGGCGAUCCAAUCCCCCCUCCUCGCCUGAUGAAUUGAGCAUCUACCCAACCGACAAACACAAACCCAGCAAACAAAACAUCAAGUCUAAACAGAAAAUUCUUGAUAAAUACUCGAGCAACGUUCAGAAAGCAGACACUCGAGACGAAGGCCCUGCGCUUCUAAAGGCCAGACGUUUGAUGCGAGGUCCCCGACCUCGAACAGUCUCUGAAAAUGUCUCGCCUCUUCGUGUCAGCUCUCCAGUUUCGGAUACUUCCAUUACCAAACCUAAAGGCCGACUCAUUCAAGGCAAAAAGCCCAAAAGAUCUGCAACACCCGAAGAAGAAAGCUUUCCUGAAAACACCGACUCCGAUGCCUCGCCCACUGAAGAAGACACUGCUCUCGAGAAAAAAGUUCUUGACUACAUCAACUCUUGUACAGCAGAAGGUCUUGCAGACCUUGCUGCAACAACAGAGGAGAUGGCGUCCACAAUUAUUGGGCAACGACCAUUCCGCACGCUCAGCACCGUCCGAGCAGUCGUCGCUGGCGACGAACCUCAGGCAAACGGACAAAAGAAAAACGGGCGAGCGAAGAAACCAAUUGGCGACAAGGUUGUUGAUAAAGCUAUGGAGAUGAUGAGAGGGUAUGAGGCAUGUGAUGCUUUGGUUGCUCGCUGCGAAGAUCUCGGAAAGCCUUUGGCCGCUGAAAUGAAGAAUUGGGGCAUUGACAUGUUUGGUAACAAAGCCAAUGGCGAAUUAGAACUCGUUUCUUUGGAGCAUGACUCAGGCAUCGGAACUCCGGCUACCGAUGAUGGCGAUGAUGUUGUGGUUGACGGUGGUCGGAAAGCGCGAUUCAUCACCCAGCCGUCAAUCAUUGACCGCGAUUGGACUUUGAAAAAUUAUCAAAUCGUGGGAAUCAAUUGGCUCUCACUUUUGUUUCACAAGAAACUUAGCGGUAUUCUUGCGGAUGAUAUGGGUCUGGGCAAGACGUUUCAGGUCAUUGCAUUUCUCGCGCACCUAUAUGAACAAGGUACCACUGGACCUCAUCUUAUUGUCGUACCAUCAUCCACGCUAGAAAAUUGGCUUCGUGAGUUCAAAAAAUUCUGUCCGACACUCAACCUAAUGCCUUACUACGCCAAGCAACAGGAACGGGCUGAUAUUCGUGCCGCCAUUGAAGAUAACGUGGGGGAUAUCAAUGUAGUUAUAACAACGUACACUGUCGCAAAGGCCAAAGAGGACUCUCGCUUUCUGAGAAAUCUCGGGCUCAGUGUUUGUGUGUUUGAUGAAGGACAUGUACUCAAGAACAGCUCCUCGAAGGUCUAUGAUCAACUGAUCAGAAUCCCAGCGGAAUUCCGAUUACUGCUUACUGGCACCCCUCUUCAAAACAAUCUCCAAGAAUUAGUUUCGCUGCUUGGAUUCAUGCUGCCAGAUGUGUUCAACCAGUACCGAGAGGAUUUACAAACAAUUUUCACAAAGAAGGCAAAGGUGACAGAUACCAGCGACCACGCUACUCUAUUGUCAGAUCAACGUAUUGCCCGCGCCAGAUCCAUGAUCGCGCCAUUCGUACUUCGGAGAAAGAAGCACCAGGUUAUUGAUUUACCAGCAAAGACCUCUCGUGUUGAAUAUUGUGAAAUGAAUGAUGUUCAAAAGAAGAUUUAUGAAGACGAAAAUGAGGUAGUGCGGAAGCUACUUGCCGAUCGUGCAGCCGGUAUCAAAACCGGGAAUAGGUCUGCCAACAUCCUCAUGAAACUACGCUUCUCAGCUAUCCACCCUCUAUUAAAGCGCAGACUCUACAACGAAAAGACUCUCAGCAAAAUGGCAAAGGCAUGCCUAAAGGAGGAGAUGUGGUCACAAUCAGAUCCUGAUAUUAUCUACGAGGAACUCCUGCCAUACAAUGACUUCGAAUGUCACUCUAUGUGUAAGAAGUAUCCAAAAUCUCUCGGAUCAUUCGCUUUGAGGGGCGAAGAAUGGAUGUACUCUGGAAAAGUCGACAAAUUGUGCGAGUUGUUGAAGAAAUUCAAAGCAAACGGCGAUCGGACUCUUAUCUUCUCUCAAUUCACGCUCGUGAUGGAUAUUUUGGAGUAUGUUCUUGAAACUCUAGACAUGGGCUUCUUUCGACUGGACGGGCGCACGAGUGUGGAAGAUCGUCAGUCAAUCCUCGACGCAUUUUAUCAACAGACUGAAAUCCCGGUUUUCAUGCUGUCGACCAAGGCUGGGGGCGCGGGUAUCAACUUGGCAUGCGCGAAUAAAGUGAUCAUUUUCGACUCUAGCUUCAACCCGCAGGAGGACGUGCAAGCCGAGAAUCGCGCACAUCGCGUGGGCCAGGUGAGGGAAGUCGAGGUGAUUCGCCUCGUUACGCGCAACACCAUCGAAGAACAAAUAUAUGCGCUAGGACGGACCAAGUUAGCCCUUGACCAGCGUGUCGUCGGUGACGAUGCUGCCGACUCCAAGCGUACCGAGGAAGUCGGCAUGAAAGCGGUUGAAGAGAUGAUUGCUGCAAAUAUAGAGAAGAAGGAUAAUGACGACUGAUUGCGCGAGUACUUGGAGACUCCGGUUAUUAUUGCUGCAUCGUUUAGAAAGUUCUAUUGAACUUGUAGAGUAUAGGUGCAUAGUUAGUUAUAGAACGGCGUUUGUUAUUUA